AUGGGAUGCCCGGCCGUCAUGAGCCUGACCAACCACGCUCUCUUCUUUCGGGACCAGACCACUUCUGCCCAGCUCGAGCCCAUAUCCAAGACCAUCCUCGCCCUUCCCAUGUUCUCUCUCCGUUCAUCCCUCGCCGCGGCCACCCUUGGCCUUAUGGCCUCUCUCUUGGCCGCCCCUGCCGCGGCCGAGGACAGCACGCUCUCGGUCGCCUCGGGCAAGCCCCCCUUGACGUUUAAUUAUUCCACGCCGAGCCGCGACUCAACCAACUGGGUCGGCAUUUACAACCCGUACUUUGGCGCCCCCGACAACGGCAAGUGGGUUGCCCGGUCCUUGGCCUGGGAGUACGCCCCCGACAGCAAGGGCAGCGUCCAGGUGUCGGCCUCGAACCUGGAGCCAGGCACUUAUAACGCCUACCUGCUCGCAAAGAACGAGUGGGGCAAGCUGGCGGGCCCCAUUGAUGUGGUCGUGCCCGGUCAGGGUGCCAUGUCCUUCAUCGUCCAGAACUUCACAACGCAAAACGCCCGCGCGGGCGACAAGUUUGAGGCCAAGGUCAAGGGCCUCAUCGACAACCAGCCCGAUGCCAACACCAAGUUCGCCAAGGUUGCGUCCGAGGGUGACGUGGCCAGUAACUGGGUUCAGGUGUCGACAGACGGGAUGCUCUCCGGAACGCCGAACGCCGACGGCGAGACGCGCGUGACGGUCGAGGCGACGGGGUCCAACGGGUCCAAGGCACAGCUCAAGGUUAAGAUUCCCGUGCGCAAGACCGGGUCCCCGAUGGUGGACGAACUCGGUGUGCUGUCCUUUAACAUUUGGAUGGGCGGGAGCAACGUCAACGACUCGCAUCGCAAGCACGUGCGGUACCUCAGCGGCACCGGCGUCGACAUCGUUGGGUUCCAGGAGAGCAACGGCGGGCAGGCGACGCGGCUGGGCCAGGCUCUGGGCUGGAACGCGUGGCAGGGGCCCGAUGUGGGCAUCAUCAGCCGCUAUCCCAUCGCCGAGGUGUUUCCCGCGACGGCGGUGGCCGGGGCGGUGCGGGUGGCUCUCGAUGGCGAGGAGAGCCAGGUGAUUGUGUGGAACGCGCACCUGGGCUUCAACCCGUACGGGCCGUACGACUUUUGCUUCGACAAGAAGAGCGUGGACCAGGUGCUGCAGCGGGAGAAAGAUUCGGGACGCACGGGGCAGAUAGUCGAGAUUGUGGACCGGAUGAAGGGGCAGAUCGCCAACGCCGACAAGGUACCGGUGGUGCUGACGGGCGACUUCAACUCGCCGUCGCACCUCGACUGGACCGAGGCGACGCGCAACAUCCACUGCAACGUGGGCAACGUGCCGUGGCCCAGCUCCGAGGAGCCGACCAAGGCGGGCAUGAUUGACUCGUUCCGCGAAAUGCACCCGGAUCCGCUGGCCGAGGCGGGCAACACCUGGUCGCCCAUUUUUCUGCAAAACGAGAACCGGCCGGAGCCCAUGGACCGCAUCGACUUUGUCUACCACAAGGGCCUGAAGACGCUCGACUCCAAGACAGAGGUUGUGGGCCAGCCCAAGGCCGAGCCGAACCACAAGGACAACGAGUGGACGUCGGACCACGCGGCCGUCAAGACCAUCUUUCGAGUCGAUUCCAGGCGCGCGAGGCGCGCGUUCCGAGGCUAG